AUGGCGUUAGAUAAUCCGACUAUGAUAACUAUUGAUGAUGGUGAAUUUAAUCAUGCAGUACCACCUGAAUUAAUUGAAGUGUCUCCAGAAAUUCUUUCGAAAAUAGAAAAUAUCGAAGAAAACGAUAAUCAAUCAUCAAAUAAAUGUUUAACAUGGAUACGAAUAUAUGUAAAAAAAUUUCACGGAUUACAUGAAGAACGACCAAAACGUUUACCAUGGCACGAAUAUAUAUGGAGUUUUAUUGGUGCAUUAUUAGGUAUAGCAGCUGUUGCUUUUCUUCAUUUUAGAUUACUAGAAAAACAUCAGCUAUCAUUUUUAAUUGGUUCAUUUGGUGCUUCUGCUGUAUUAAUUUUUGGUGCACCUCGUUCUCCUCUUGCUCAACCUCGAAAUUUAGUAGGUGGUCAUGUUAUAAGUGCUAUAUGUGGUUGUGUAGUACGAGUAGCAAUUGAUCGUUUUGAACAUUCAACAGCUUGUGCCUUAGCUGUUGCUUUAGCUAUUAUAGCAAUGCAAUUUACUGAAACUGUUCAUCCACCUGGUGGUGCAACUGCUCUACUUGCUGUUACUACUCGACCUCUUUUACCUUGGGCAAAUUUUCUAUUUAUUUUAAUGCCUGCUCUUACUGGUUCUUGUACAAUGUUAUUGAUUGCAUUGAUUAUUAAUAAUAUAGCACCUAAACGAACUUAUCCUAGUUUUUGGUGGUAA